UAUCAUGUCAUUAGCUACGCAUAAGUCAAACGGCUAGUUCUGCAAUUUUUUUUCGGAGUUCUUCAAAUCAAUAUCAAGCGUUACGCGAUCCAAAAUGAAAUUACGACGGUCGCUCGUAUUUCUAUUGCUUGUGUUGUUCCAAACACAAUGUUCGUUUGGUUUUAUAAAACCCGGGAAACUGUUUAAAACCUUUUUCGGGUUAAAAAACGAACAGAUCAGUACAGAACCAGCGAUAUUGGAAGGACAGAUCUACGACAAGACUCCUGUGAAAAUCGAAUACCCAUUACCCGAGUGGAAACCGGUUGAUCAAAUGGCAAUCACGAUCGACGAGAAACCUUUGGUCGGAGAAAAUGCAAAGUUGACCGAAGAUUUAUUCGAAAACACAGGACAGUUGAACAAUGUCUACACGGCAUCGACUGUAACCGACGACUUGACCGGCAAAAAACAAUCAGUAAUCGAUGGCGUCAAGAAUGUCGUCGCCUCGACCAAAGCAGAAAUUUCAAACAAAAUCAGCGCCAUAGCGUCCAUGUUCUCCAAGUCGCCUGGCGUCACUGUACCGGACACGGAGACGGAGUACUUGUCUUUGGGGCCUACGCCGAUCUGGGAACAAAUUAAAAGUGCCGACGGCCAAAUAGCAAAACCCAAGUCUUACCCGGGAAUCCAAGACCAAGCAUUCGUUCAAUACCAAAUUCCAGCGCGAGUAGUACCGUUCCAAAACAUGUACUACUAUCCGGUACCGCAACAACAGCCGUGGCCUAACUACGGUCCGGCCGUACACACCAGAUGGUAUCCUAAUAUCCGCUACCAGACCGGCGUUAACUCGGAAAUCCGACCGAAUCUCUAUUUAAACUCUCUGCUGUCCGCCGGUGAAAGGUCUCCACUUCCGGUUAAGGUGCCGUGUGACGCCAACGCCGCACCUUUGAAGGGUCUCGAGGCGUACCCUUAUGGCCAAGACACAAAAGCCCCUGUCCCGCCGAACCCUGAGCUGGAUGACGUGUGGACUCAAUACAAAGGGGAAAGCGAUUCGAGUAAGCCGUUCAGGGGUGACAUACCUUUGGAAGAAUCCGCUUCGGGAUCUAAGAACGACGUAUCCCGACCUUUGGGUUUGUACGCUAGCGAGGACCUCAAGAAAGCGUCGUCGCUGCAAGGAGAGAGCGCGGAAAUAUCAAACCAAGAAGAAGACAGACUGAACAAACGUACUGACUUGAACCCGUUUAGUUGGUUAGGAAAUCAACCCAGUCAAGAGGAGACCGAUUUCAACGUCGACAUAAGGACACCGCUGCAAAAGAGGCCCGCAGACAACGCAAUACCGGUAGCCGAAAUUGUAGAAAUCACAACCGCCGAAGCCAACGCCAACUCAUCGAAAUAACAUUAGAAAUACACUUAAAAUCACUUGUGUAUUUUUUAGGUAUUGACGAUUUUGUCUCAAAGCCAUAACAAUGUUAGAAUAAUUAUAACUUAUAAAAAUAAUUUCGUAAUUACUACCAUAACGUAUGCCGAAUUAACGGGUUAAG